AUGGCGCCACGAAAGGCGCCGCUCGUGCUCGCGAAUUUACUGAUUCCAAUCGCGAUCCUUGUCUUCGCGACUGGCUUCUUCCCGUACAAACCCUUCAUGCAAGGACUUGCCGAGUACGAAGAUGUGUCCUGGCUUUCUCAGCAAGAAGGGAGCCGGGGAGAGUUGCAACCCCCUGAAGCACCAUUCGACAAGCUCGUGUUCAUGGUCGUGGACGCGCUGCGAAGCGACUUCGUCUACAGUGAGCAGAGCGGGAUGAGCUUUGUGCAGAGCCUCAUCCGCGACGGCACCGCACUCCCCUUUACAGCUCAUGCGACAUCCCCCACCAUUACCAUGCCACGCGUAAAAGCCAUCACUACAGGUUCCAUCCCUUCCUUCCUCGACGUCAUUCUCAACUUCGCCGAAUCCGAUACAACCUCCACGCUUGCAGCGCAAGAUACCUGGCUGGCACAGAUCAAAGCCAAGCGCUUUGGAGAUAAGCAGGGCAAGCUGGUCAUGUACGGCGACGACACAUGGUUGAAGCUCUUCCCAGACUUCUUUGAGCGGGCGGACGGAACGAGCAGUUUCUUUGUUUCGGACUUCACCGAGGUGGAUAACAACGUGACGAGACAUGUUCCAAACGAGUUGCUGAACGAUGACUGGAAUGCUAUGAUCAUACACUAUCUGGGCUUGGACCAUAUCGGACACAAGGCUGGUCCCAAGAGCCCCAACAUGGUCCCAAAACAGAAAGAGAUGGAUGAUAUUGUGCGCAUCAUCUACUCUGCCAUCGAGAACGAAGAUCAUUUAUCCAACACACUAUUUGUGCUAUGCGGCGACCAUGGCAUGAACGAAGGUGGGAAUCACGGAGGAUCGUCACCCGGCGAAACUUCACCCGCGCUUGUCUUCAUGAGCCCAAAACUUACGAAGAUUACUCGAAAGCAAGCGAACGUCCAAAGCCCCGUGAAACCCAAGACAGAAGGCGAGUUCGACUACUAUAGGACAGUCGAACAGAGCGAUAUCGCACCGACACUGGCCGGUCUGCUUGGGUUCCCAGUAUCGAGGAAUAAUCUCGGCGUUUUUCUCAGUGACUUCAUAGGCUUUUGGGAUAAAGGCUCGGACCGCAACCAGCUUCUGUACAGGAACGCAAAGCAAAUCAAGCGCAUUGUGCAAGCCACCUAUACCAGCCAGAGUUUCGAAGACGUGGAUACUACCUCCAGACAUACAGAGACCUUGAGGUGCCAGGACCUGGAGAGCAGCGAGAAGCUCGCUUGUCUUUGGAACCGAGCUGUGACACGCAUGAUUAGCAACGAUGCUGAUAGUGCAAAGCAAGAGCAUCUCAAUAAGUUCAUGCAUGAGGCUCAAGAUGUCAUGUCCAGUGCAGCGUCCAACUACGAUGUACCCCGACUGUUCCUUGGGACUGGUCUCGCCAUUCUUAUUUGUAUCCUGAGCUUCUUCACUAUUCCAUCUCUGCGUCCUAUAUCGUCUGCUGGAAUUUACUACUCUAUCACUCUCGCACUGUACGCCGUGCUCAUGUUCGCAUCCUCAUACGUUGAGGAGGAGCACAAUUUCUGGUACUGGAUCACAUCAGGCUGGUUCUUCUACCUCUACUUAGGUAACAUGCGAGACAAGAGAACCACAUCGUGGCUCCUUCAUCCCGCUCUCAUGCUACUGGUCAUCCACAGGAUCAUCAGACGCUGGAACCAGACGGGCCAAAAGUUCGCCGGCGCAGACGACAUCGUCACAAGCGGCAUCUUCCACGGCAACAACUCCAUCUUGUUGUGGGUUUCGAUCGGUGCUACCUACCUGGACAUUACGAACCGGAUUUCGCGACACAUCGCCCGCUCGGUGGUCACACUGGACAAGCCUAUUUCCUCGUCUCAGCUGGACUUGGAGCCAGAGCAGCAACACCGCAUGAUGGGCGCGCUCAUAGCGACACCCCUCUGCGUUGCGGCAGUUAUCUUCAAACUCGCAUUCACCGCUAAAGACGCUCCGGAGCUCACGUACGGCAUCACAUCGGGCGUAAUGGAGCGUGUCGAGAUGCUGGAUCUUGUUGAUCUGGCACGCAUGGUGUUUGGCGGUAUUGCGCUUGUCUACACGUGGAUCGUUUUCUCGGAGUAUCAGCGCUCGACUCGCCGGGCGAAGCAGAACGUCAAGGGAACUGGUGACCUAGCAACGGCCUUCUUCGAUAUGUUCACACUCUUCCUCCUCACACAAACCAAAUCACAGAACAUCCCCCUCUACCUGCUCUUCAGAAUCCAAUACUUCAUGCUGUCACUCCUCUCCCCCACCCCAAUUCAAACCACCCUAACAUCCCUCCUGCUGAGUCAAACAUCAUUCUUCGCCCUCGGUCUCAACAACAGUAUAUCCAGCAUCGACCUUUCCAACGCCUACAACGGGAUCAGCGGAUACAACAUCCUGGCCGUGGGGCUCCUCGUAUUCCUCUCAAACUGGGCGGGGCCGGUAUACUGGAGCAUCGCAGGCGUGCGUCUGCUCAACAGCCGCGGAAAAUCCAACUCCGGCGGCGCUCAACGCCGUGACGCAAGGCCCGAAGACGCCAAGCCAACGCGCAGCUGGGUCGCAGCUGAGCACGCUCAUCUGCACUCUCUCGCCACACCGCGGCCCGACAUAAACAGUGAGCGGAAGUGUGAGGGAGAUGUCUGGACCGUGCACGUCGCGCUGCUGACGCUGUUCACGGGCGUCAUGCUCACGAGCGUCAUGGCGGCGUGUACGGCGCUGCGGACGCAUCUUUUCAUCUGGACGGUAUUUAGUCCCAAGUACCUGUUCGCGAUGGCGUGGGGACUUGCGUGGCAUUUGGGCGUUUCGGUUGGACUGGGGGGACUGGUGUGGUGGAUGGGGAAGUGGUAG